UCCGCCCUCCCGGCAGCAUGACACCUGCGGCCCCGCUCCCCCUGCUGCUGCUCUGCCUGCUGAGCGGCCGCCGGCUGCGCGGGGAGCCCGGGCAAGGCGCGGGCACCUGGGCUCGCUUCGCCCGCCUGCCCUACCCGGAGGACGAGCUCUUCCUCUACGACACCUUCCCCGCGGGCUUCCUGUGGGGGGCGGGCAGCGCCGCGUACCAGGCCGAGGGGGGCUGGCGCCAGGACGGCAAAGGCGCCUCGGUGUGGGACACCUUCGCGCACCGGGCGGCGCCGGCCGGCGCCCCCCAGCCCCAGCCCCAGCCCCAGCCGCUGCCCUCGGCGCCCGCCGGCGGGGACGUGGCCAGCGACAGCUACAACAACCUGUUCCGCGACACGGAGGGGCUGCGGCGCCUGGGCGUCUCCCACUACCGCUUCUCGCUCUCCUGGGCGCGCCUGCUGCCCAACGGCACCGCGCCCCCCAGCCCCGCCGGCCUGGCGCACUACGGCCGCCUGCUGGCCCGCCUGCGGCAGCUGGGCGUGGAGCCCGUGGUGACCCUCUACCACUGGGACCUGCCGCAGCGCCUGCAGGACGCCUACGGGGGCUGGGCCAGCCCGGCCCUGGCCGAGCUGUUCCGGGACUACGCCGAGCUCUGCUUCAGGCACUUCGGCGGCCAGGUCCGCUACUGGCUCACCAUGGACAACCCCUACGUGGUGGCCUGGCACGGCUACGCCACCGGCAGGCUGCCCCCGGGCGUCAAGGGCGGCCCGCCGCUGGGCUACAGGGCGGCGCACAACCUCCUCCAGGCCCACGCCAAAGUCUGGCAUCUCUACAAUGAUCGUUUUCGUCCAUCUCAAGGAGGCCAAGUGUCCAUUGCCCUCAGCUCCCACUGGAUAAAACCUCAAACUAUGACUGAACAAGACAUACAAGAAUGUCAAAAAUCCCUUGACUUUGUGCUGGGCUGGUUUGCUAAACCCAUAUUUAUUGAUGGGGACUACCCUCAGGGCAUGAAGAGUAACCUCUCAUCUCUGCUGCCUGAAUUCAGUGAUGCAGAGAAGAAGUACAUCAAGGGAACAGCUGACUUUUUUGCUCUUUCUUUUGGAGCAACUCUGAGUUUCCAGCUCUUGGACUCUCAGAUGAAAUUCCAUCAGUUGGAAUCACUAAGCCUGAGGCAGCUCCUUUAUUGGAUAAGCUGUGAAUAUAACAAGCCCAAAAUAUUCAUUGUGGAGAACAGCUGGUUUGUCUCUGGUAGCACCAAGCGUGAUGAUGCCAAGUAUAUUUAUUAUCUCAAGAAGUUCAUUAUGGAAACUUUAAAAGCCAUCAGAUAUGAUGAAGUUGAUGUCUUUGGGUACACCGUUUGGUCCCUCAUGGAUGGCUUUGAAUGGCAUAGAGGAUACAGCAUUAGACGUGGAUUAUUUUAUGUUGAUUUUCAAAGCCAUGACAAGAAGUUUUUGCCAAAGUCUUCAGCUUUGUUCUACCAAAAGCUAAUAGAGAGAAAUGGUUUCCCGCCUUUGCCUGAGAAUCAACCCAUAGAUGGGAAGUUUCCCUGUGACUUUGCUUGGGGAAUUGUUGAUAACUACAUUCAGGUAGACACAACCCCCACCCAAUUCCUUGACACUAAUGUAUACGUGUGGGAUGUUCACCACACUAAGAAGCUUAUUAAAGUUGAUGGAGUUGCUACCCCAAAACGUAAGCGUCAUUGUGUUGACUUUGCUGCCAUCAGGCUCCAGAUCUCGCUGCUGCAGGAAAUGCAUGUCACACAUUUUCAUUUUUCACUGAAAUGGUCUUUGAUUCUCCCUUUGGGUAACCUGUCUCAAAUCAACCACACAUUCCUGCACUAUUAUCAGUGUUUUGUUAGUGAACUUCUCAGAGUUAAUAUAACUCCUGUUGUAGCUUUGUGGCAACCUAUGGCUGAGAACCAAGGGCUUCCUGUUGUUCUAGCCAAAUAUGGAGCCUGGGAGAACCCAGAGACUGUUCAAGCCUUUGUUGAGUAUGCCAAGCUCUGCUUCAAAAGUCUUGGCCACCAUGUCAAAUUUUGGAUUACAAUGAAUGAACCCUAUGUGAGGAACCUGACAUACUCUGCAGGGCAUAAUCUGUUGAAAGCCCAUGCUAAAGCCUGGCACCUGUAUGACAAAGAAUUUAGAAGAUCUCAGAAAGGUAAAAUAUCUAUAGCUCUGCAAGCUGAUUGGGUAGAGCCAGCCUGUCCUUUUUCCAAAAAUGACCAAGAAGUUGCUGAUAGAGUUCUAGAAUUUGACAUUGGCUGGCUUGCUGAGCCCAUCUUUGGGAACGGUGACUAUCCACAUGUGAUGAGAGAAUGGCUUCACCAAAGAAACAGCAUUGAUUUAUACAAUUUCCACUUGCCUUAUUUCUCUGAAGAAGAAAAGAAAUUAAUCCAAGGCUCAUUUGAUUUUUUAGCCUUAAGUCAUUACACUACUAUUCUUGUGGACUGGGAAAAAGAAGAUGCACUGAAGUAUGAUCACUAUCUUCAAGUUCAAAUGAUAAAAGACAUCACAUGGCUGAACUCCCCAAGCAGAGCCGCAGUGGUGCCCUGGGGACUGCGCAAAAUGCUCAAGUGGGUUAAAUCCAAGUAUGGGGAUGUCCCUGUUUAUAUUACAGCCAAUGGAAUUGAUGAUGAUCAGAAUAUGGUUCAAGAUAAACUGAGAGUAUAUUACAUACAAAAUUAUAUCAAUGAAGCUUUAAAAGCAUACACCUUGGAUAAUGUCAACCUACGGGGAUAUUUUGUCUAUUCUUUUAAUGACAGGACUGCUCCCAAAUAUGGCCUCUAUCGUUACAUUGCUAAUCAGUAUGAGCCGAAGCCUUCCAUGAAACAUUACAGAGAAAUAAUUGACAAUAAUGGUUUUCCCAGUUCAGAAAUUCCUGAUAGACUGUGCCCAGAAAUGCUUGUCUUGUGCUCUGAAUGCAACCUUUUCCAAACCAGAAAAUCUUUAUUAGCUUUUAUAUCUUUUAUAUUUUUUGCUUUUAUUGUUACUGUAUUCUUCAUUAUUUACUACUCUAGGAGGGUUGAAAGAAGGUAUAAAUAGUGCUGCCCCUUCACAUCCAGC